CCCGGGGCAGACAAGUCUGCACUCACACACACUGCAAGUCAGCUCAGCAUCAGCACCACCACCACCAAAAUGCCCAAGUGUCCCAAGUGUCAGAAAGAAGUCUACUUUGCCGAGAAGGUAUCCUCCCUGGGCAAAGACUGGCACAGACCAUGUCUCAAGUGUGAAAAGUGCAGCAAGACCCUUUCCCCUGGAAGCCAUGCUGAGCAUGAUGGGAAACCUUAUUGCAAUCAACCAUGCUAUGGAGCAUUGUUUGGACCAAAAGGAUUUGGCCGUGGUGGAGCAGAAAGUCACUCUUACAAAUAAAGUAUAGGUCUGAAACUCAACACAGAAUAGAGGAAAGAUACCUACUAGCAAAAUAUUUUGUUUUAACCUGCCUUAUUACCAUUCAGAACUAUCUCUAUGAGCACUGUAUGUAAUUGACUUGAGAAAUGGUGCUAUUCAGACUACCAGAUGCACUGCUAUGAGUGCCUCGUAAGGGAAACAUUUAUAAACUUGGUCAUUUUGUUCUAAUACCACUGAUCUAACAGCACUAAAAUAAAUAUGAAACGCCUUUUCCAUCAAAAAAAUGAAAUAAAAUAGCAUUGCAAGCAGGUGUAUAUUAUGUUUACUAAAUAAAUGUAAAAGAAUGAAUACAAA